AUGGCGGCCCCUAACAACGAGCUUCCGUUGCCGGACUCCCUUUCGACCUCUCAACAGUCCACAAGCCGGCUCCAGGCAUCGAAGCCGCAAGCGCGGUCACCGUCACCAUCUCAGUCUCCAACACCAACUCAACUUCAUCCAAGUCGUCCCUUAGUUUCCCCCCGCUUACAACAUGUCGCAGGCGAGAUUCCUCCCGCCCUCUCUCCGCUCGAUGCCUUUGCAGCCCAGGGCCGGCUGUUGGCUAAGCAAUUUGAUGAGUCCCGCAAGGCUGGCCGCAGGUUAAGCCGGCUGCCGCCAGCGAGUGUGGAGCGGUCACUUUCCCAGCCGAGAGGAGGGUACCAUCGGACGCUGUCUGAUGAGGAUACCAGGCAGGCCCAGACGCCGAUGCGCGCGGGGUUCAACUUCGAGCAGAGAGGACGGGGCAGAGGAGAAGCGGAGAGAGCGCCGUUCAGCAACGGCAUGUCGCUCGAGGAGCCUUCCUUUAGGCCCAAGUCACAACAUCCCAGAAUCAGCGGGCUCCCUCUUAACACCAGCACUGGAAAUACGUUCCCUAUAGAUGAUAGCUGGGAUACCAGGUCGGUUGGAAAUAGCGCGUAUGGGAUCCCCCGCGCCAACUCUCCAGACACAUUCUGGAACCGGGAUGGCUCGCGUGAACGAGGCAGAACACCUUCUCCUGGCCCCGGACCGACUAUAGACAAUAGACUGCAUGUUGUACGUUCUCAUUCACCACAGCCUGGUGGCUCACCUACCCGAUUCUACGCAACCCAACAGCAACAACGCAGCAAUAGUAACAACUCCGGACAGCAGCAUAAUCACCUCGCGCCUCCCCCGCUACUACCGUCUUACAGCAGCCCAGCAGGCUCUACACAGGAGAGCUCAGACGAUGACGGGUCGAGCGCGAAAUCAACAUUCUCACUGCCUCGCAAAAUGUCGUCGAGCAGCGGCAUAUCGAUGCUCCAUUCGCCCCAACCGUCACAAAUGAGCCGAGCAUAUCAGCGGUCCCCGUCGCCAAACUCAGAGGCGGGAACAGGAGGAAGCAUGACACCCAACCUAACGAAGCCAUCUUUUAAUUUCUCACGGCCGAUGAGCCGAUCUAAUACUUCCCACUCCGUACAUGAUUCUGCUACGAGUUCUCCGGCUACGGGUAAUACGGCUACGGCCAAUUCGUUCUUGAACAGGGAAAACAAACCAGCACCCAUAACCGUGCCGGCACCUCUGGCCACGCCGUCUCCUUCUGCGGACGAGGCCACUGAACCGCCCCUCUCGGCUGGACAGUCGUACAUCUAUGCGAAGUUCUCCCUUCCCCGCGGCCGGUUGAUCUCACGGGACUCCAAGACCUUCAAUGGCGGCGAACUGCAAGGAGAGUUCCAGCCCCCUCAAUUUGAGAGAUCGAUCACGGAUCCUGGAUCUACCCAGGACCAGACUCAGACUCAGACUCAGUCUCAAACAGAGACGCAGACGCAAACACAGAUACGGACAGAGACCCCAACACCGAUUCAGAAUCCAAACACAACGUCUCCAGCGAAGAGCAUCAAACGGGUGCGGCCGUCGCUUGAGCAGGAACAAUCCAGCACGAGCAUUGCUUCAGCCAACGCCGAGACCAAAUCAGUAUCCGUUCAAAGCCAGAGCACCGUACGUGCCACCCCUGCAGAAGAGAAGGAGAAGGAUAAAGACGCAGAAAACGAGCCAACGACGGCCGAAGAGCAUGUAACGAGGGGUAUUGAAUGCCACGAGUCGGGCUCGCUGAAGGAAUCAACCUACCACCUGCGCCUUGCAGCCAUGCAGAACCACCCAACCGGAAUGCUCCUGUACGCCCUCGCCUGCCGUCACGGUUGGGGCCGCCGCGCCGACCAGACGGAAGGUGUACAGUGGUUACGCAGAGCAGUCGACACGGCCGGGCUCGAUCUGGCGAGCAGCAACCCGCCUAGCCCGGAGACCUGCGACGCAGCACUGCAGAAGCUGCUAUCGAGCAGCGGCAGCGGGAAGAUGAACAUGUCGGAGCAGAAAGCGCGCCAGGCCCAACUGGCACUGGCCAUCUACGAGCUGGGCGUGAGCAACCUGAACGGCUGGGGCGUGGGACAGGACAAGGCUCUUGCACUGAGAUGCUUUGAGAUUGCAGGACGGUGGGGGGAUGUCGAUGCCAUGGCUGAAGCCGGCUACUGCUAUGCUGAGGGCGUCGGCUGCAAGAAGGACCUGAAGAAGGCGGCCAAGUACUACCGCAUGGCCGAGAAGGAAGGCAUGAGCAUGGUAGGAAGUAGCUGGAUCUACAAGGACAAGUACAUGGACGACGAUGCGGUGUCGAAGAAAAAAGGGGGAGGCAGCGUCAAGUCGACAAGCUCCAAGUCUCGCACACGCAGCCGCAGCAUCUUUGGCCGCAAGAAACCCUCUGACGACUGA